AUUCUUUUCUUCUGAUCAAAUCCCAAUAAAAAAUGGCGGAUUAAAAAAAACUUUCAUCUGCAUUCUGUCGUUUCACAACUUUUCCGUUUCUCCACAGCUUUUUCAACUGACGCCGCCGCCACCACCACCACCACCUCCCGCACUUUCGGAAUUUCCGGCCAACUGCACCAUCAGAAACACCCCCUGAAAUCGAAACAUUCCUUUUUUCACAUGGACGAACCGCUCCUCUUCAACAUUAACACCGGCAGGCCCCUCCGCCCUCUGCCGGAAAACAACGAAAUCUGCAUUCCGGCGCCCAUCACCCCGGUUUCCCGAGAAAUCAAAGACAUUCUCAUUUUCGGCUCGCCCUCUUCCUCCUCCUCAGGUUUCAAAGAUUCUAACUCAAUUUUCCGCGAUGCUUUGCACGCAUCUAUGAACUCCCCCAACAAGAUUGGGAACAUCGACGCCGAAAGGUUGAAUCUUGAUAACAAUAACGAUAAACAAAAGAAUUCCAGCAAUGACCCAGAAAGCCUGCAAUCAUGGCUGAUUGACCCCGAUUAUCCUGCCUCAAAGAGCAAUCUCCACCGCUCCAAAACCGCCCCGGCUAUGGCGACGAUCAAUGAAAUUGAUCACUGCCCGCAUGAGAAGCCGCCGCAGUUUGGCACGCCCUCAAUUGUAAAGCAGGGUGUGAUUCUGUUGAUCGUUUACUUGAGCUUUGGUGUGAUUAUAUAUUCUUUAAAUAUGGAUUCUUUCAACGCAACUCGAACCCACCCCGUUGUAGAUGCUUUGUAUUUCUGCAUUGUGACUAUGUGUACAAUUGGAUAUGGCGAUAUAACUCCUGAUAGCACUGCCACCAAGCUGUUUUCCAUCACUUUUGUGCUUGUGGGAUUCGGUUUCAUUGAUAUCUUGCUGAGUGGGAUGGUUAGUUACAUGCUUGAUUUGCAAGAGAAUUAUCUUCUAAAGACUAUUAAGAAGAAGAGUGCUCAUGAUCCUCGCUCUUACAUCAUCGAUGUGAAGAAGGGGAGGAUGAGGAUACGGAUGAAGGUUGCGUUGGCGCUGGGCGUUGUGGUUAUUUGCAUUGGAGUAGGGGUUGCUGUUAUGCAUUAUGUGGAGAGGCUUGAUUUGUUGGAUUCAUUCUAUCUGUCUGUUAUGUCUGUCACCACUGUUGGAUAUGGGGAUAGGGCAUUUAAGUCUUUGCCUGGGAGGCUUUUUGCGUCCGUUUGGUUGCUUGUGUCGACUCUUGCUGUUGCUAGAGCCUUCCUCUACUUGACGGAGCUGAGGGUUGAUAAGCGGCACAGGAGGAUGGCACAGUGGGUGCUCGGACAGGAUAUGACUGUCGCACAGUUUCUUGCUGCUGAUAUUGAUAACAAUGGCUUUGUUACUAAAUCCGAAUUUGUAGUAUACAAGCUCAAGGAGAUGGGCAAGGUAACAGAGAAAGACAUUUGGGAGAUAUGCAAACAGUUUGAACGGCUCGAUGCAGGAAACUGUGGGAAGAUAACUCUCGCAGAUCUUAUGGAAAGUCACCAUUGAUACAAACCACACAAGAUGAACUUCUCUCUCCCUCAUUCAUCGUUGGCACAAUGCUUUCUUCCUAAUUCAGUCAUGGGGCAAUGAAACUGCACCUUCCUACCAAGAUGAGACGAGGCGCAGUUAGAUGCUCGAAUCAUACAACAAUGGCACCUUUGCUCAUCGUAGUGAUAGGCCGAGCCUCUGCUAGUUCUAUAACAGGUAAAGUUUCAGCUCUAUCUUCGAAUAUAUGUGGGGAUUUGUUCGCUUAUGGUUGUGGCUCGCCUCAGCUCGACUAAGUUAAGUUGAACCAUACAAAUUUUUGGGUUAUGAUCUAAGGUGUAUAAUGCUCCCCCCUUCGGCUCUAAAGCUUGCCAUUUGAUUGGAAGUGGAAAAUGUAAAUGCUAGUAUAUACAUAUUGGUUUUGAGCUAGGUAUUUAUUGAUAAACAAAAGGAUUCAAUUUUAUAUUUAUAAUUUUAA